AAUUCCGCUGCAAGCUUCCCAACUUUAGCAAAACUAGGGUUUCCCCAAACAAAUCCCUUUUAAAGAUAGGCAAUAGUGCGCAACAAGAAAACGCAUACAAUCUUAAGCUUUUACAGAUUCUUCUCCGUUGAAAGAUUGAAAAUUCUUAGGUUUUUCUUUGGGAGUUGGUGAGAAAUCAAUCAAUUCGUGAAAUUAUGCCUCCGAAAGCAGUAAGAAAGACACCUAUUGGAUCUGGAUCCAAAAGAGGUGGCCGUACAGCUCGUGGGACCCCAAAGUCUCAGGCAAAGACCGAAUUGAAGACGGAGGAGGUCGUUGAGGAAAAGCCCGAAUUGAAAACCGUUGAACCGGAGCCCAAGGAGAAAACCGUGGAACCAGUGGCCGAGGACCGGGCCGAAACUGAGAUGGAAGCGAAAUCUGUGGAGAACGGGGCGGUUUCGGAGAAGAAGGAGGACGAUGUGAAAGAGUCAGUCGAUCAGUAUGAAAAAGGUGAGCGAUUAGAUUUGGAGGAUAAUGACCCUGAAUAUGAACCUGAAGAGUAUGGAACGGUUGAUUAUGACGAGGGAGAAAUGGAACAUGAUGACAUUCAGGAAGAGGGAGAUGAAAUAGAGGAAGAACCUGAAGAGGGAGAUGUUGGUGAAGAGGAAGAGGGUGAUGAUGUUGAAGAGGAAGAGGGUGAUAUGGUUGGAGAUGUUCACGAGGAAAUUGAAGGUGAUGAAGAAGAUGAUCAUGCUGGGAAGGAGCAUGUUGAGAUGGUUGAUGCAGCCGAGGAGGAAGAACAUCAUGAAGUUGUUAAAGAAAGGCGUAAGCGGAAGGAAUUUGAAAUAUUUGUUGGUGGCUUGGACAAGGAUGCCACUGAUGACGAUCUCAGAAAGGUCUUCAGUAAAGUUGGUGAGGUUACCGAAGUGAGGCUUAUGAUGAAUUCUCAGUCAAAGAAGAAUAAAGGAUUUGCAUUCCUGAGAUUUGCCACUGUAGAACAAGCAAAACGAGCUUGUACCGAGCUGAAAAAUCCAGUGGUUAAUGGCAAACAAUGUGGUGUUUCUCCGAGUCAAGACAAUGAUACUCUGUUUUUGGGUAACGUAUGCAAGUCCUGGACAAAAGAAGCUUUAAAAGAGAAGCUGAAGCAUUAUGGUAUUGACAAUAUUGAGGAUUUGACAUUGGUCGAAGACACUAAUAAUGAAGGAAUGAAUCGGGGAUUUGCUUUCUUGGAGUUCUCUUCACGUUCGGAAGCCAUGGAUGCUUUUAAGCGGUUACAGAAGAGAGAUGUUAUGUUUGGAGUUGAUAGGCCUGCAAAGGUGUCUUUUGAGGAUUCAUUCAUCGAUCCUGGUGAUGAAAUCAUGGCACAGGUUAAAACAGUGUUUGUUGAUGGUCUUUCGGCAUCUUGGGACGAGGAUCGCGUGCAGGAACUUCUUAAAGAAUAUGGGAAGAUUGAAAAAGUUGAGCUUGCCAGAAAUAUGCCUUCAGCCAAGAGAAAGGACUUUGGAUUUGUCACCUUUGACACACAUGAUACUGCAGUUACAUGUGCUAAAAGCAUUAAUAACGAGGAAUUGGGUGAAGGAGAUAACAAGGUUAAAGUUAGGGCCAGAUUAUCAAGACCCCUUCAGAGGGGCAGAGGAAAAUAUGGUGGAAGAGGAGAUUUACGACCUAGGCAUAUGCCUCUGCGUGGUCUCCGUGCCCCUUGGGGUCGUACAGUUCCACAUAGUCGCCCUAUUCGAGGGACUAGAGUUAGUACACGUUUGCCUCCUGUAGUUGGUCGUGGUUUUAAACGACCAGCAACAUUGAGAGAUAGACGGGCAGUGAUGGCUUUACCUCCUAGGGGCAGGCCCAUGGCUCCACCACCUAGCAGGUCAUAUGAACGGAGACCACCUGUUCCCUCGUAUUCAAAGAGUAGCUUGAAGAGGGAAUAUGGACGGCGCGAGGAAAUCCCUCCUCCUAGAAGCAGAGCACUAGCUGAGUAUCCUUCGAGGGUUCAUUCUGACAGACGUGCAUCAUAUAGGGAUGAAUAUUCUUCUCGCAGCUCUGGUUACCCUGAAAUGCCUAGAGGUACUCACUCUGCAGGAAGGAGAGCUUAUGUUGAUGAUGGAUACGGACAACGGUUUGAAAGGCCUCCUCCAUCUUACCGCGAUGGACGUGGUCGUGAAUAUGACUCUAUGUCCGGUUCAAAACGUCCAUACAGUGCAGUGGAUGAUGUUCAUCCCCGCUAUGCUGAGGCAGGAGUGCGCCAUUCUCGCGCUCGUUUGGAUUAUGAACUUGGGAGCGGGAGUGGUUCUCAAUAUGGAGAUGCAUAUGGUGACAGUAGACUUGAGAGAUCAAGUCUUGGAUAUGGUGGCAGCAGGAGCUCCCUAUCUAAUCAAGAUUCUCAUGGGAUGUAUAGUAGCAGUCGUCAGGGUAUGAACUAUGGUGGAGGCUCCUAUGGUGGAAGUGAUGGAGAUGGAAUGUAUUCAUCCAGCUAUGGUGGUGAUUACAUGUCUCGUGGCAGUGAUGUUGGCUCCUCGCUUUAUUCUAGUCGUAGUAUGGGUGGCAGUGGUUAUAUGGGAAGUGGUGGGUCUGGUUCUUACUACUAAGCUGGGAAGGUUUUUCUUAUGUUUCUUCUCUGAAAGAGCUGUAUUUCAAGAUAUGGAGCAUUUGGUCACCCACCAACUUAUUUAUGGUACAGAUUUGAGUUGACAAAAGAGCUUGCAGUUGGAUGUGUUAACAUUGAAGCCCUAUGCAUUGACAUGCCUCUGUCCUCUGAGGGAGAUGGAGUUUAUCUGUUAUCUAUUGCUUCUUUGUAUAUGUACGGCUAGAUAAUUUAGCAUUAGAGGUUGUAUUGCUCCGAAGCAUCUUGGAUUCUAAUUGGGAAAAGAAACAUCUGUUCCUUUUCUGAUGUAAGGAAAUUUGAGUUAUGUAGAGCAAACAGAGAUCUGUUUAUUUCUGGUAUAUGAGCAUGCAAUAAUUUGUAGUGGUUUCUCCUUUUAAGAAUUUGCUGGAAAAGUGGAGGAGGUAUGCUGCAUGAUUAUUUCAAAAGAAAAUGAAUCCUAAAAGCUCAAGUUACCUUUUAGCCAGUCAUGAUUCUUAGGAUAUAUUACAGUGAUGGAUCCGUGAGAGUUCUAUUUGGAAGCUUUAUAUCCAGUUGUAUUUUGAUAUUUUCAUCACAAAGUUUAUCACAGGUCUCAAAGAUCACCAAUAAAGAGCUUAAUUUUGUAAUCAACGUGUCGACUUCUGUACUGAGUUAAUGGAUUGACAUGCAUUCCAAAUUAUUUAUUUGCUUCUGGAUGGUGAGUGAUUAAUGGUUUAGAUGAGGGAAAAUGAAUGUAUUUUGAUGACUUGAGAAAGAAAGCAUCUAUGGAUAUCAUGGGCUGAAGCUGCUCAUUGCCUAAUUUUAUUCCCGAGAGGAGUGAAAUUGGAUUGCUAUAAAUGCACCAUAAAUUGGUUUCAAUGAGGCAAAAUAAAUGUAUUUUGCUGCCGUGGCCUCUGGAUUGGCAGAUGAUGAGUUCUUAGCAUUGGAUAGAAAAUUAUAAUGUCUGGUGCUCAAGUCCUUGCAGCUUGUGAGCUGUUUCUGCAAGAAACAUCAUUGGUCAUUGCUUAUGUGUAGCGUGAUCCCUGAUUGCUUUCGUUUGAUUACAUGAGUAUCAUCCUUUUGGGACUGGCUUCUGGGUGUUGCACAGUUUUUUUUGACGAACUCGGUUUAUGUAUUUCUGACAGCUUAAACUGCAGAGAAAUUUUGAGGAACUUGAUAGUGCAUAACUGUUGAUCUAUCUUAGAAGUAUAUAAGGAUGAACACAAUUAGAAGACUUGCGUUAUUUGUGUUCUUCCAUUAUUUGGUGAUGCACUCUAAUAUGAAAGCUUGCUUAUGACAGAAAGUUGUCCUUGGAAUGAGUGUGCUAAUCUUGUGAUUUUCUGUGGUUGAUCCUAUACACUGAUUUGUUAUUACAGUGGUGGCGGCACUAUGAAGGUUGAGCAAUUACAUAUAGUGAGGCAUUUCAUGUGCUGCUGUCAUUAUGGCAGUUUGCCCCAACUAGAAUUAUAACUCAUAAGAAAGUAAUUACUCCCUCCGUUCCAAUUUAUGUAAACCUGUUUGACUGGACACGGAAUUUAAGAAAAAAUGAAAGACUUAUAGAAUUUGUGGUCCGAAACAAGUCAAAAAGUGGUCCAGAGUAUUUGUGUGGUUAAGCUUCUCAUUAAGGAUAGAAUUGAAAGUUUAAGUUAAAUUGUUUCCAAAUUUAGAAAGGGGUCAUUCUUUUUUGAACGGACCAAAAAGGAAAUAGGUUCACAUAAACUGGAACGGAGGGAGUAGCAGUUUGUCAAAUUUCCUAUAUGUGGCCCUUGCAUAGUCUUAGUCUGUGAUUGCCUUUAAAAUGCAUGCUAUACAUGAUGGUAGAUAGAUACUUGGAUGACGGUGGUGCCCGGGCAGCUUGUGCGCACCUCGGCUAUUCCCACCGGGUAUCUGCUACCUUGCUACCUCGACUAGAACAGGUGUUGUGUAACUUUGCCCACCGAGACUUAGGCAGAUGUGAAGCCUAGUGCUUUGUCUCUGAUGGGGUUUCUACUAUGAUUUUCAAUUCUUCAUGGUUUGCACCUACUUCAUCGACCUUUAGGUCACAUACUUGGAUGCUCUAAUAGUAAGGCUGGUAACUGUUGAUUCUCUUCUGUAUUCUCCUCCCUGCAUUAGCGGCUGCAUUGUUCUCAUGAACUAAGCUUAGUAGUUGUUAGCCUAUUUUCAUUGGAAAACACAUACAUAAAGUUGCUGGUCUAAUUUUCUCCUAUAGAAGGAAAAAGGGCCCCAAGAUUUUAACUUACUAAUUAGUGGCAGCCAAGAUUUUGAGGUAACCUUCACUUAUAAAAGUUGCAGUGUGAUCUGAUCAUUGAGUUAGAGUUUGAUGUUGCACUCACAGACGGGCUUCAGCUGGGAUGCAGAAUAUUUUUUGUUUGCAUUUUCAUGUUAUUUCAUAGAUAGUUUUAAAUUCCUGUAAAUUAGUAAUAAUAUUUAUUUGCAUCUUUCCUGAUUAAAAAAAAUUCCUGUAAAUUCUUUUCUGGGCGGUAUUGCUUGAUGUUGCACUGGCUCUGAUGUACUUGAAUCUUAUCAGUAUACUUGUUCUUUUCCUA